AUGUUGUCUAUGCAGCAUAAUGAAGCCCCUGAAGUCAGAUCUCGCAACGGUUUGUCACUGGAGGACAUGAUCCCUGGCACUGAGAUAAUGAGGGAAUCGGAGGAGUACGAUAUAACAACCCUUUCUAAGAAUGGAUUCGUGCUCAUUCCACAUCCUUCAAACGACCCAAGCGAUCCUCUCAACUGGUCCAAGCCCUGGAAGUACCUGGUGAUGACAACACAGUUUCUCUUCCUAUUCGUAUCGGUCGAGUCGGCUCUUUCCAUGGGCCCAAUGUUUCCCUUCUUCGCGGCCGAGUUUCACCUCAACGAUACACAACUUAGUCUGUUGACUGGAGCCUGCGUCCUGGCUCUCGGAUACUCGAAUUUUAUCAUUGUGCCGUGCUCAAAUAUAUUCGGUCGUCGCUUGACAAGUUUAGUGUUUUGCAUCUUGGGAGUUGCAACAUGUAUCUGGCAAGCUCUGGCCAAAAGCCACUCGAGCCUUCUAGCAGCUCGAGCAGUUAAUGGAGUUGCUACCGCAACUAGCGAGACUCUAUUGGUUCAGGUUGUCACAGAUAUGCUGUUUCUACAUGAGAGGGGAUUUUGGACUGGCGUUUAUUUCACCGGAUACUUCCUCGGAUUAUUCCUUGGCCCUGUGAUUGCCGGAAAUAUUGCCCAGAGAUUCGGUUGGCGAAGCUUUUUCUGGCUUUCACUUGCCAUGACCUGCUUCAAUCUCUUCAACCUUCUCUUCUGCUUUCCAGAAACCAAGUUCAACCGCCGAGUAGCUGCUACGGGAACUCGAGAAGCAAAUCACUCACUGUCUCCCGAGGAUGCAGAUAAUUCCACCCCAAAGGAGGCGCUUGAGCAUCUGGAAAGCGUCGAGGGCCACGCCACAGCUGUCGGCCAUGGCCGGCCCUCGAAGGCCCAAUAUCGACUAUGGCAGACUCCUGCAGAAGAUUGGAAAGAUUUUCUGAUUCGUGAUAUUAUUUCCCCCUUGAGAGUUUUCCCUUUCCCAAUCAUCUUUUGGGCCGGUCUGAAUGUAGCUGGUCCAGCGAACCUUCUACUAUUUUGGAACCUGACGGAAUCCACCGUGCUUGGAACUUCCCCGUACAACUUUAACCCAGCGGCAGUUGGAUAUGCCAACUUUGCAUUCGCGGUUGGCGGUAUCAUUGGUCUGCUGACCGCAGGGCCAUUUUCCGACUGGGUCGCCAUGAAAGCUACCGCAAGAAAUGGUGGGAUCCGGGAAGCCGAGAUGCGACUGCCUGCCUUGAUUCCAUACUGCAUCACUACAGUCAUUGGAAUCGUCAUUGGUGGGCUCGGCUACCAGAAGGUAUGGGAUUGGCCAAUAAUUCUUGUCAUUGGAUAUGGAUUCAGUGGGCUUUGCGUGACGGCAGUUCCCACUAUCGCGGUUGCUUACGCUGUUGAUUGCUACAAGCCUAUAUCGGGAGAAAUCAUGGUUGUUGCAACUGUGAUCAAAAACACGUGCGGAUUCGCGAUGAGUUACUGGGUAUCUCCGCUAGCUGCACGUACCGGGUGGUUUACGCCUGCGAUGGUCGAGUUUGCUCUGACUGUGGGCCCCCUGCUGCUGGGAAUUCCUAUCUACUUUUAUGGCAAGACACUUCGACGACUGACUAGGAAUUCGGUGGUGCACUCCUACGCAGGAUGA